CACAGAGCGCGUCCAGCAGGCGCAGUGGACAGAAGCGCGCGCCUUGCAACUCCAAAACUUAAAAAAUGGGUCUAGAAAAAGAAAAAUCAGAGACCAGGGUGAUAAUGGAUGAGGAUGAGUUCAACAGAUCGAUUGAACCUAUACUUGGAAAGAAACCGAACGUGUAUUCGGAGGUUCAGGACAGAGAUCCUAAAGAUAUCAACAAGCACCUAAAGGUUGGUUUUGAAGACAUCAUCGCUGAGCCCAACUCCACACACAGCUUUGACAGAGUUUGGAUUGGUAGUCAUGCUGUUUUCGAGCUGGUGAAAUACGUCUUCUACCGGAUCCUCACCACGUUUCUGGCCAUUCCCAUGGCGUUUAUUGCAGGGAUUGUUUUCGGGAUCCUCAGCUGUAUACAUAUUUGGGUGGUGAUGCCAGUGAUCCAGGGCUGCAUGAUGACACUGCCCUCCAUCCACGUGAUCUGGACCAGCUUGAUGGACAUGUUUAUAGGGCCUUUCUUCUUCAGCAUUGGACGGUGCUUGUCCUCCAUCAACAUCAAGACUGAGCAAAUCUAACUCCGCAUAGAAGUAUUGCAGAAUCUUUCUGUCACACUCUUUUGCCCUCCCUUUUGAGAGUUACUAGCUGAAGGAACGUUUAUCCUUGACUUCUGAAGCACAGAGAAGAGAAAGAACUUGUCUCUCAUUCCGUUGUAGCUAUUGACAUGUCAACUUUGUUAUGGGUGGCACCUAUGCAGACAUGCUUUUUUCAGUACUGUUAUGUAAGUCUAAUUAAGCUUUUAUGUUAUAUAUAAUGCAAUACUUUUAAUGUAAUGUUUGAGAUUUAUUCUUUAAGGAUGAUAUAUUGUGCUACUGCAUGAUAAAUGUUAUUAAAAUAAGCGCAUGGUGUGCUGGUAAGGAAAAAAAAUAUGCAACUACUUCCGAUAGGGCUGUAGGUUUUUUAAGCGUUUUAUUUAUAUUGUUUGGAGUUAGGGUACGUUUAUAUAACUUUGUACUUUAAAAAUGGAAAGGAUCACAUACAGACAACAUCAUUGUCAAAAACAAUCACGCUCACAAAAAUGAAUUAAUUGGCAGCAUUAUGGAUGCCUGGCCAGUAGGUGUCACUUUGUAAAGAAACAAUGUGUAUUGGCACGCAUACAGUGCUCUUGUCUGCUAUUGUUAUUUUGGUUGUUCAGCACUAAUACGUGUACAGACUGAACAUAAAAAUACACAUAAUGCAUGACAUUCUCUUCACAAAUAAACAUUUUUGAAAUUGACACUUUAAGAGCUGUAGUAGUAGUAGAAUUUUGAAACCCGUUUCUAGGUAAACUGCUCAAAAAUGUCCAUUUUUAGUUCUGUAAACGUACCCUUAAAAGAUUUGAUGGCAUUCCAGUGUGAGCUAUUUAUGAUUUUUAGGUACAUUCCUUGUUUUCUUCUCUAUUAAUGACAUCUUUUGAAAUUAUAAAACAGCAAAUGAUGAUUAGUUUGACUAGCAAAGCCACAUUUGACAUGCUGUUUGCCAUCGAUUGUGCUUUGUUAGUGGCUCCACAGAGUAAAUGGAAUAUUUGACUGCAAUGGAACAUUAGAAGCUCAGGUGCCGUUUCCUUAGCCCUGUUGAGUGAUGUCAUGUAGCAAACAUGCUGAACACAGCUCAGCUUAUGAAAGACAGAACUAAAUGCCUCACAGUUCACCAAAUAAAAUAAUUUUUGGAA